UUGCCUGUAACCUGGAUCUUUCAGCAUGACAAUGACCCUAAACACAUGGCCAAUAGCGUCAAAUAUUUCCUUAGCGAACAGCGUAUAUCCGUUUUAAACUGGCCAACAAAUAGUCUGGAUUUAAACCCGAUAGAAAAUCUCUGGUAUAUUGUUAAAAAGAAAGUCUCGAACAAACGUAACACCAGUCAAAACGAACUAUAUGAAGCAUUUAUUGAAGCAUGGAAUUCAAUCCCCCUAGAAAAAUGUAUGAAAUUGAUUGAAUCAAUGCCACGUCGUUGCAGUGCUGUUAUUGAAAAUAAGGGAUACGCCACUAAAUAUUAA